AGACGAGGGAGGCAAGGUAGUAGUAAGGAGUAUUGGAAGUGGCGUCAAGACCAAACCAGGCAGGCUUCAAGGUAAUAUAAAGGCGUACCGACGACUUCACCUGGUUCAACUUACCUGGAACACCGAGGAGCUGCGUGGUCCCGGAACACCUUGCAAGAACAUCCGCCACUGCCACACCACUUUCUACCAUCAUGGUGGUGUGGUUGGUAUUGUUGAUAACAUCAGUGUUGGCGGAGGCUGUGGUACCAGAUCCACCAUCUCCCGGUAUCACCACUGUCGGCUCGUUAAAAUUGGCAACGGCCGCUGACUGUGCCGGUAUCGUUGCUUUCUCAGCAACUCAGGCUUCUGUCGAUCAUGCCAGAGUGAUUCUCGCGGAGACGCUGGUCGACAAAGGCGUGGGUUACGUCGCCCAAACAGGAAUUUUCACCACUCACUGUCCAGGUCUCUAUCAAUUCAGCUUCGCCGGAUACGGGAGCACCGAUCUACGACUGACUCUGAAAAAGAAAUUGAACAAGUCCGAUAGCUGGAGAUCGGUAGUCAGUGCUGGGCCUGGUGGAGGCGCCAAUUUGAUUCUGUUGGACGUCGAAGCCGGCGACCAGCUCGCUGUCUUCGUGGAGUCUGGGAAGAUAGCGGACAGCGUCACGUUCUCCGGCUAUAGAAUCGCCAAGAAAUAAUCUGACCAAGACGAGGAUUUAUAAGAUAUUCUAAGAAGAUUUGAACUGUUUGGAAGAUUCGACCUUUGAUAUUCUAGAUCGAAACUUUGCUGUCAGCUGAAUUAGAAUAAUGCGAAAUUGAUCGGUGAUCAGCAGGAAAUUGUUCAUUUCUUUUUUUUUCUUAUGGAAGGACCUUACGGCUGAUCACUGUUUUAGUAAACAAUUGUUUGAGGAUCUGAUACCAUGAAGUACAAAAUUGAGACUAGUAGUCUUUGAUAAAUGUGGACCAAAAAUUUGAAUUUUUCUGAAUUUUUAAUUAUUUGCUCGUAUUCAGGGAUUCGAUCAGAGCGGUUUUAAUUUUUUCAAGGAACCUAACGCUCUGUGAUAGCUCUCUCUCUUUUUCUCUCUCUCUCUCUCCCUCCCCACGUUUUCUUUUCUUAUCCUCUCGUGAUUUUAAUAAUGCGCGUAUUAUUAAAAUGGCGACAUGAAUAUCUUUAUCAUUAGAUUGGUGCAUUGUACAUUUAUUUCAUAUUUUUUUCUUUUUAUUGUUUCUCACUUUCCUAUUUACUGAUUUUAUGUUUAUUUUUCUCCCUUUAUAUUUUCAUUUCUUACUCUGUUGUCUUUUUUACCCUUUGAAUUCUGUCUCUAUUCUAUCUACGCAUACAAAUUUUCUAUUACAUUUCAUACUACGUUUUUCUUCUCUUUUACUGUGUAAAAAUUAUCUUUUCCUCUACUAUACACCAUGUUCUAACUGUAUUUCUAUUCCAUUUUUCUAUGGUAUUUGGUACUAUUUUCCAAUAUUCUAUUCUAUCAAAAUUUCACAUCUUUUUCUUCUUGUCAACUAUUUCUUUCUUGCCUGCACUUUUCUUCCGUACCUAUCAGUAUUACAUCUUUAAAAUUGGUUCAACUUGCAGUAAUAUACUGUUGACUAUUCUUUUUCAUUUUCCUUUUCAAUUUAUGUACUCUGCUUCACUCUUCUCAUUUUACUUUCCCCUACGAUGCCAUAAUUAUGGUAUACUUGCUGCAACUAGUCUACUGUCUUUACCGGUGCCACUCAUUCAAUGGCAAACUUUCUCCAAUUUUCAUAUCUUUUACUGUUUCCUCAUGCUCUGUUUCUGUUUAUUUUUUUCUAUCUUCCGUAUCUAUUUCCGCCGCAAAAAUUGUUUCCCUAAUUAUGUUUUUCCCUCUAUUUUCUGUUAUGGUCUAUUAAGUUUGUGUUGUUUCAAUUUUAUUUUUAUUUUCAUGUCUCAAUCUUAUCUUUCCUGUACAUUCUAUUUUUCGAAGUGUCUUCUAUAUUCUUUCUAUUUUCUCCGAUUUUCUACUGUUUUCUAAUUCUUCUUUCCUGUACUUAAAAAUUGUUUACUUUAUGUAAAUAUCUCUCUCAGCUCUCUUUUCUUCUCAUUACUUAAUCUAUCUUUCAUUUUUCCCUUGUUUUCUUCUAUCUCUAUUUGUUUCAAUAUUUCACAACUUUAUUUCGAUCUCAACAAUUCUGAAUCUCUAUGAAUCUGUUCCUUUUUAUUUUUCAUUUUCGUUCUGCCUAUUCUAAACUGUAUCUAUAAAUAUUCUUUUCGUCCUUAUUUCUUGAUAUUUUCCAGUCUUGUAAAUACUUUCUACAAUUUCUCUAUUCUAUCUACAUUACCGUCUUUUCUUCACUUCGAAUUCUUUAUAUCUUGGAAUUUUCUCGUCGCUGAAAUGUAAUCGCUUCCCCAGUCUCGCUGAUGCAAAAUCAAAAUUGACUGCUUUAAUGCUGUUCAUUCUACUCUAUAAGGUACUUCUCUCUCUUUCUGUUUCUCUUCUAUCUAUUUUUCCUCUCUCUUCUUUUUCUAAAUCUGAUCUUUUCCCUGUUUCAUAUUUCUUUCAUCUUCCUAUGUCGUUACUUUUCUAUCUAUAUUUCUUUUAUACACUUUUUUUAUGAAACUACUUCUCUCCUAUGUUUUUUCCUACCUUGUACUUUGUUUUAUGUGAAUUGCCUCUCUACAAUACUUUUUCACACACUCGAGGAAAAAUCUGUCUAUAGAAGUAUGACCAUAAGAGAGACGUUAGUUUCUCAGAAACGAAGCGUUACUUUCAACCAGGAAGCUACGCGUUUUCUCUGGUCUUCUCUCACUUCUAGUCUAGUCCUCCCACCUAUUCGUUACCUGGACCUAUCUCGCAAAAACGAAAGAACAAUGCCUAUGCGUCACUCUCCUCAUGCUGUGAUUCUCAAGUGCUAUAGCCCACGCGAAAUCCACGUUCUACUCUGCUAUCGAUUCUUCUUCACCUUUUUCACUUGAACCUUCGCUGUUCCAUUUAAAGCAGACCUCGUAAUCAUGAUUUAGAAAAAAAUUAUUGAUUCAAUGAGAGAAAAUGUUUUUCGCGAAGGGAAUAAAAUGUUUCGAAUGAUAAAAUUAAACAAGAACAGCGAAGGGUUAAAUGAUACUCUUGGUAAUAAUUUUGAGCUUCAAAUAGUUCUUUCUGUAAAGUUUAAUGGUUGCUUGAUCGAUUAUGCUUAUUAUUUCUCGGAGAAAAUCCAGAGAACGGACACUUCUUUUAAUAUUUGAAAAAUUGAUCAAGCAACCAUUGCUCACUAUAUCUUGGCAGUCUGUUUUCAAAUAAACGAUCGGCUUUUA